ACAACGGGAAAACGGGGUGGGCGCGUCUUGACGUCCCCCCACGUGACCGAUCACGUGCCUGCCCACGUGACGGCGCGGACAUGGCGGCGGCAGCGGCGCUCCGGAGCCGCCGGUUCAAGUGGUCGCUGGACCUGGGGGCGGCGCCGGGGGCACGGCCCCGUGGAGCCGCCGAGGGCCGCGGCCCGCUCGGGUUCGCUGACCGGCAGCUGGGGGAGGGCGGCGUCCACGAGAGCGACAAGAUCCUCAUGGAGAAGCGCUGCUGGGACGUGGCUCUGGCGCCGCUGAAGCAGAUCCCCAUGAACCUGUUCAUCAUGUACAUGGCCGGCAACACUAUCUCCAUCUUCCCGGCCAUGAUGGUCUGCAUGAUGGGCUGGCGCCCGCUGCAGGCCCUCAUGUCCCUGUCUGCCACACUGAAGGCCCUGGAGAGCUCAAGCCGUCGGGCACUGCAGGGUCUCGUGUUCCUGGUGGGCAACGGGCUGGGGCUGGCACUGGCCCUCUACAAGUGCCAGGCCAUGGGGCUGCUGCCCACCCGCCCUUCCGACUGGCUGGCCUUUGUCACCCCUCCGCAGCGAAUGGAAUUCACUGGAGGUGGCCUGAUCUUGUGACCCCCUGCGCCCACCCACCAAUAAAGGCAAUGGCAGGA